AUGUUUACUCAAGAGCAAUAUGACCAAAUAUUGAAGCUGAUCAGUAUAGGGACAGGUGAAAAUGCAAGCUUUGCAGGUACAUCUAAGAUCUUUGUUACAAAUGAAAAUGUUAAAGAUGAGAAUUGGAUAGUAGACUCUGGUGCAACCAACUACAUGGUUCACACCAGAGAGCUACUUGACAGGAUAAACACAGAUGUCCUAGGCAAUGCACCAAAGGUAUAUUUACCUGAUGGAACUUCACUUGAUGUUGAAUGUACCGGAGAGAGUAGAACUGGUGAAAAUAGUACUGUUAAGAAUGACCUUCACAGUGAGAAGGUGAAUGAGAUUGGUAAGGAACUAGAAGGUUUGUACAACUUGCAGCAUCAGAAACUUAAAGCCAAGGCUGCAAAUGUACAUCUUCAGAAAUCGACUAUGCAGGGGGAGGACUUAAAGAGUUCACAUGUUCACACCCCACAACAAAAUGGGGUAGUGGAGAGGAAACAAAGAAACAUACUGGAAGUGGCCAGGGCCAUUAGAUUGCAAGGCUAUUUGCCUCUAAAAUUUUGGGGGGAAUGUGUGCAGGCAACCAUUUAUGUCAUAAACAGGUUGCCUCUAUCAGUGUUGUCAGGAAAAUCAUCUUUUGAGAUAUUGUAUGGAAGAGUGCCAUCUUUAAAACACCUGAGAACCAUAGGGUGUCUAUGCUUUGCUAAGGUUGUGGGAGAAAAGGAUAAGUUUGCAGCUAGAUCAGUUGGAGCUAUGUUGAUGGGAUAUUCAUUAUCCCAGAAGGGAUACACACUGUAUAACAUUUUAACUAACUCUUUCUUUAUCAACACAUAUGAUGAUGAUGCAUCCCUUUCAGCAAUGCCACCUAUUGCAGACAACCACACUGCUGAUACACAACCUUCAUCACCACUUCCUUUAUUCUCAGAAGACACUCCAGCUCAGCAGUCACCUCUUUCAGAAUAA